CGGCUACAGGGCCUGUAGUACAGGCUACAGGCUCUUGCCGUCGGAUCGGAUCACUAUUCGCAGACGCCGGCUCAGUGUGCAUAACGAGGGACGCCCACUCUCUGUCGUCUGUUUUGUGUCGCCUCCCGGCAUUACCUUAUUUGUGAACAACCGAGACCAGCUAGUUUCGUCAUGGGGAAGAAAUCUCAGAAUGAAGUUAAAAGUAAACAAAAUAAUGUUUACAAAAGUGGUGUUCAAACCACGGGAUGUGUAAAACUUCCACCCAAUAGAAGAAAUGACCUAAAUCAACUGUUGGACAAGAUUUUAAAAGUGAGCAGUAGUGUUCCUGAGUCUUCAAAUGUUGCCAAAGAGCUGGAGGCUUAUCAAGAGAUUCAGAAAAUUACGAGCAAAAUUAAGGUGCUUGAGGAAGAAUUAUUACAACCAAUGCCAGAUAGAAAGUCUUCCAAAGAGGACUUUUUGCUUUGGCUAAAGAAUAACAAUGUAGAGUUUGAUGGACUUAGAAUUGCGGAAUACCCAGGAAUGGAGUUUGGUAUUGAAGCUGAGAAAGAUUUCAAAGAGGGAGACAUGAUGAUUGCCGUCCCUCGCCGUGUUAUGCUGACUGUUGAAAAUAUCCAUCAAUCUCCGCUAAAGGAGCUAGCAAAGAAAGAUCCAUUGAUAGUACAUAUGCCUAAUGUUGCUUUGGCCUUGUUACUACUGCUGCACCGCCGUGACCUCCAAUCUUUUUGGAAGCCUUACAUAAAUAUGUUACCUUCUAAAUAUACUACUGUGUUGUAUUUUAAUCCCGAAGAACUUAUGCACCUGAAAGGUUCUCCCGCAUUUGAAAUGGCACUGAGGCAGUGCAGGUCCAUUACAAGACAGUACGCUUACUUCAAUAAGCUAUUUCAGCGAUCUAAUGAUGAAGCAAGUAAUAUGUUGCGUGAAAUAUUUACAUUGGAGGAAUAUUGCUGGGCGGUGUCGACCGUCAUGACCCGGCAGAACGCGGUGGUGUCCGCGGACGGCGGCGACCUCACGCAGGCGCUCAUCCCGCUGUGGGACAUGUGCAACCACGCCGACGGCAAGCUCUCCACGGACUUCAACGUGGCCCUGGACCGGUCGGAGUGCGUCGCCUGGCGCGCCGUGCCCGCGGGCGAGCAGGUCUUCAUCUUCUACGGCGAGCGGCCCAACUGCGACCGCCUCAUCCACAACGGCUUCGUGCAGCCGCGCUCGGCGUGCGACGCGGUGCGCGUCCGCCUGGGCGUGGCGCGCGCCGACCCGUUGCACGCCGAGAAGGCCGCGCUGCUGCCCAGGCUCGGGCUGGCGCCCUCCGGGGACUGGGAGGUGCGCGCCGGCCCGCGGCCCGUCUCGGACAAGCUCGCCGCCUUCGUCCGGGUCCUCUGCAUGGACAAGGAUCAGCUGGAGCGCUGGACGGCGAGCCCCGACGUGGAGUCGCUGCUGCUGGAGGACUGCCCGCAGCUGGACGCCGAGCUCAACGCCAAGGCUUGGGCCUUCCUCCAGGUCCGCGUCAAGCUGCUGCUCGCGGCCUACCCGACCAAACUGGAGGACGACGAGGCCCUGCUGGUCGACCCCAAGGACGCCAGGCUCAGCCACUGUGCGCGACUCGCCGUGCAGCUGAGGUGCGAAGAGAAGCGCCUGCUGCGAGAUGCGCUCGCGUACGUCGAGCAGCGCGCCGCUCGCACCGUUUGAGGGACUUAAGUGUGGCGUGUGGCGCGCGCGUGUGUUAUAUGUGUGUGCGUGUCUGUGUGUAUGAUUGUAUGUGAGUGUCAUGUGUUCAGAAUCUCCGAACAAACAGAAAACUAUUGUUUUAUUUUGUAUUUGAUUAAUGUUAAGUGUUGAUUGUUACUUACUAAACCCAGGAAUCUCGCCAACUACGAGUCUCUCUGUACAAGUAUUCGAAAAAAAAAUCUAUCGUCUGUAACAUGAGGAUGAAAAAUAAAUAUUUACUUUUUAUCUACAAAUGACAA